AUGUCGUGCGGUCCUGGAGAUGAACGCCGUGGCCGUGAAGCUGUACAGCAUCCGCGGAGUGGUCAGCAAACGCUACCUCUGCAUGAACCGGAAGGGACAGCUCUCGGGACAGAAGCGGCGCUCGGAGAAGUGCAUCUUCCAGCUGAGCGAGCUGCCCAACGCCUACUCGACGUUCUCGUCCAUGCGCUAUUCCCGGGGAACCCGCUGGCGCUGGUACCUGUCCAUCGGAAAGAACGGACACGUCAAGCGCGGACGGAGACCGCGCCAGAAGGGAACAAACUUCCUGCCCAGAAGCGUCAAGGACUUCCGCCUCUGACCCUCGGGAUCCCAGGGAAGCGUCCUGUCCUCCGCCGCCGUUCUCCGACGACCGUUCCUCUCAAGACCAACCCACUGCCGCCACGUCGUCGACCCCGACUCGUCGAUGAGUGCGUCGUUCCUCAGACUGUGACCUGCCGAAUGACACCUGACUGCAUCACUGACAAAGUGCUGAGUCGUACUGUGGAAUCCCGAGUUGCCAGCGGUUUGUGUGUGUGGUGCUCCACGUUGAGGGAGGGUGUACCGGGACAUGCGUACAAACUGGCCGCUUGCUGCUUUACGAGCUUCAAGUGCUUGACCUUCAUGCGCGUUCACGUGGAAGUGUUGGUUAUCAUCGCGGAAGCUGCUCUUAUAUGUCUCGAAUGUCGUUUGCUGCGAUGCCAGUGCCACCAAAAAUAUUUUUGGAGGGAAGAGUGCCAAACGUUGGUGUAUGGUUCAAGAUUGACGGGCUCUUCUGCAAAGCGUGAUGUAAGCAAUUACAAGUUACGUUCAUAAGUAGAUAGCCUAGAUUCGUCUUUGUGAAUAGUGUUUGCAUAAAAAAAAAAAAAAAAAA